GUAGGCUUUAGUAUACCACUCGUACGUAAUUGCAGACACAACCAUUUCUGAAUAAAUGUAAGAAAUAACUGAUCCACUAAAUAAGGACCAAGAACAAGUGAUUUGAAAAGUUAUAAAAUAUUUUUAACAUUUCUGCUUUCUUGCUUUGUUAAGAAGAAUAUUUGAAUGAAUCGAUUAAUCAAUUGAAUAUUGGGGUAUCUUUCCAAUGACCUCAAUUAUUUAAGCUACACACGUCACUAAUUUAUCUGUCACUGGCUGUCUGUCUUCGUCUUUCUCUCAAUUUUUUUGCUUUGCUCGUCUGCAUGAAAUGUAAUUUUGGUGAAUGCUUUGUGAUUUUUCUACAAAAACGAUAACGUGAAGUGUUCGUUAAAUGGUCUGUUACUAUUCAUCAUAGUUUCAAAAAGCUGCUAUUUGUAAGACAUGUCGCACAGAGAUUCGGGACCUAUCCCCAAUAGAUGGUUGAGGUGUCCACGAAAGGCCACUGGGCUGGUCGCUGGGAAGUUCCUGGCAUUCAAAACGCCUCUGGGGUCCAAUUUCAAUGAUAAGGUACCUGAAGGAAACCGCUUUACGCCAUCAAUGCUGUUUGAUUACAUGAAAACUUUGAAGGUAAAACUAGGGCUAUGGGUGGAUCUUACGAACACAACCCGAUUCUACAACAAGCAAGAAGUGGAAGGUAUGGGUUGCAAGUACGUCAAACUGCAGUGCCGUGGACAUGGGGAAACGCCGUCACUUGACCAGACCAGAUUAUUCAUCCAACUUGUGAGCAGAUUCCUUACAAAUAAUCCUUUAGAGGUUAUUGGGGUGCACUGUACUCAUGGGUUCAACCGAACUGGUUUUUUGCUGGUAUCAUACAUGGUAGAACAGUUGGAUUGCAGCGUGGAGGCUGCUCUGAGUGAGUUCGCUAGACUCCGGCCUCCUGGAAUAUACAAACAAGAUUACCUAGAAGAAUUAUACAAACGCUACGAUGAUGCUGAAUUCACACCAGCUGCCCCUGCCAGACCUGAUUGGUGCAAUGAAGAAGAAGAAAUAGACUAUGACGAUGAUGAUGACAAACCAUGCAAUUCACAAAGUAGUGCCCCAUCACAAAGUACAUCUGGGCACAAUAACAAACCCAAGAAGGGCAGACGGGAGACCACUCACAAAAAGUCAACAUUCAUGCCCGGGGUUCGUGGAGUGGAACCGUUCAAUGCUCAGCCUCGGCUCAGUGAAGUCCAGAAGAAAGCCCAAGAGUUCUGCGAGUGGAAAAGCACAGGCUUCCCUGGCUCUCAGCCUGUGUCCAUGGACGUUAUGAACCUAAAGAAGCUACAUCAGAAACCUUAUAGGGUGUCGUGGAAAGCAGACGGAGUUAGAUAUAUGAUGUUAAUAGACGGCGAAGGAGAAGUGUACAUGUUAGACAGAGAUAACUGCGUAUUUAAAGUAUUUGGCUUAAGGUUCCUACAUAGGAAAGAUCUCAGGAGGCAUCUAAAGAAUACUCUACUUGACGGGGAAAUGGUGAUAGACAAAGUUGAAGGUGAAGAAAUAUACAGAUAUUUAUGCUACGAUAUAGUAAAGUUUGAAGGGCUAGACGUUGGCAAGAUGGCGUUCUUCCCUGUGAGAUUAAACUGUAUAGAGAACGAAAUUGUUAAACCUAGGCAUCAAGCCAUGAAAGAAGGCAUCAUAAAGAAAGAAAAGGAGCCCUUCAGUAUACGUCUAAAGCAGUUCUGGGAACUUCCUAUGGCACACCAGUUGCUUGGGGAGAAGUUCGCGAAGACACUCUCCCAUGAGCCCGAUGGGCUCAUAUUUCAACCGUCCAAGGAGCCGUAUGUCGCCGGAAGAUGCGACGAAGUAUUGAAAUGGAAACCAAGUAACAUGAACAGUGUAGAUUUUAAGCUGAAAAUCGUCACUCAAGGUGGACAGGGUAUGCUGCCUACAAAAGUCGGUCAUCUCUAUGUAGGCCAGAUGGAAACACCUUUCGCCUCGAUGAAAGUGACGAAAGACAUAAAGCACCUUAACAAUAAGAUAAUAGAGUGCACAUUCGAAGACAACAAGUGGGUAUACAUGAGAGAGCGGACGGAUAAGUCGUAUCCGAACAGCUAUACUACUGCUAUGGCUGUAUGCGAAAGCAUCAAGGACCCGGUCACAACAGAGAUCUUACUGGACUUCAUAGACAACCACAGAUUCCACGACGACUCCGACAUCAUGCCUCCGCCCAAGCGCACGCGCCGAUAGCAACGCUCCACCAUAGAUAAUAUAAUAUAAUGUAAAAUACAUUAUCCUACUUUUAAGCUCAUUGAUGUUGUUGAACAUAUUGCGAGAAUCUAAAUUAAACUAAUUAUUAGUUUGAGAAUCUAGUUAGGAUAGUUAAGUGAAAUACAAAACUGACCAAAUUCGGAUUGUUUUAUGAAGCCAUUUUACAAGCUUGCCUAUGAACUUUUUUUUGUAACUUCAUUUGGGCAUUUUAUCGAUUUUUGACGAUAGGUCCAUACUUUUGUCGUCUAAAAUCGUCCAUAAGAUUUUAUCGUGGCGCUCAUCAUACCCCAACAGUGCAAUGUUUGAAAAAAUAUAUGAAAAUGUUAAGAAACAUAGGCAAAUUCUUAAAGGCGAAUUAGAUAAGCAAUUUGGCGAAGUAUCUCCAUGUUUUCUGACUAAUUCUUCUAAGUACCUCUAUUUAAUUUGAAUCUUUUCAUCACAACAGUGUACUCUAAUGAUACUAUUGUAAGAUGAAUCACACUUUUUGUGUUAA